GCUUACUGUAUUCCCUCCUCAUUUCAAUGUAAGAUGGUGGUAAGAUUCUGCAACCUAAAUAAACAGUACAACUAAGAAAGGAAAACAUCUCAUCAUUAUUGAACAUCUGUACUGUGGAACAGUGAUCAUUUCAAACUAUCAGAUAAGAAAAUCUGAUCAGUUAAGAGGCAGAACCCCCCGCCUAAACUAGAGUGAAUAUCCCUUGGAUUGGAGUCUCUGCAAUACAGGACCAGCUAGUUAAAUCCUCGGCUGACCCGCCGGAGACGCUCCUGAACCCGCCGUGCAAUAGGAUGUCCUGCAGUCCAGAACUGAAAGAAGAUCCAAUGGAGUGCCCACUUUGCAUGGAACCUCUGGAGAUUGACGAUGUCAACUUCUUCCCCUGCACCUGCGGCUAUCAGAUCUGCAGAUUUUGCUGGCACCGUAUCCGCACAGACGAGAAUGGCCUCUGCCCUGCUUGCAGAAAGCCGUACCCGGAGGACCCGGCAGUAUACAAACCACUGUCACAAGAAGAGAUUCAGAGAAUAAAGAACGAGAAGAAGCAGAAGCAGAACGAAAAGAAGCAGAAAGUGACCGAGAACCGCAAGCACCUGGCCAGCGUCCGCGUGGUUCAGAGGAACCUGGUGUUCGUGGUGGGGCUGUCUCAGAGGCUUGCCGAUGCCGAGGUUCUAAAGCGUCCAGAAUAUUUUGGAAAGUUCGGCAAAAUCCAUAAAGUUGUCAUCAAUAACAGCACUUCAUAUGCAGGUUCACAGGGUCCUAGUGCCAGUGCCUAUGUAACUUACAUCCGUUCAGAGGACGCCCUUCGGGCCAUUCAGUGCGUAAACAAUGUCAUUGUGGAUGGUAGAACACUCAAGGCUUCUUUAGGUACAACAAAAUACUGCAGUUAUUUUCUCAAAAGCAUGCAGUGUCCUAAACCAGACUGCAUGUAUUUACACGAGCUGGGUGAUGAAGCGGCAAGUUUUACAAAAGAAGAAAUGCAGGCUGGGAAACACCAAGAGUAUGAGCAAAAGUUACUCCAAGACCUUUACAAAGCCAACCCUAACUUUUUACAAACAUCAACGUGCGGAGGAGAGAAGUCUAAGAGCAAAUCAAACUCAACCCAGAGACCCAAUAGCACAAAUAAAGAAGGUUGGCCCUCAUUACAAGGCUAUGGGAAAAUGGUAAACGGUUUACCCACAGAGCAUCGCAAGUCCCCUCCACUUUUAGACUGCCUAACAGACUUGGAUCACAUGACGCCAGAUGAACCAGACUCUGAACUGGGAACAGAACAGAAUACAGGCCUCCCACCCUUCCCAUCAGCCUUAGAGCCUACCAGUCCAAUUGACAAAUCAUCAGAACCCAUAAGUAUAGGGAAUGGGGAGAAUAUAUCACAGACAUCCAGUAGCGAUUCCCCAUCUCCUCCACCUGGCCUUACCAAACAGAGUCUCGUCGUGCCCAUCAGCGUGGCAGAGCUCGCGGCACGUUCGCCCUUCGAGGGUGCAGCAGCAGAGUCUCAGUCUCUUUUCUCAGACAACAGCAAUUUCAGACAUCCCAACCCCAUCCCCAGCGGCCUGCCCUCCUUCUCCAGCUCUCCACAGGGAGCAUCCGACUGGCCCAUGACACCAGAACCACAGAGCCUUUUCACAUCAGACACUAUACCUGUGGAGUCCUCCACUGACUGGCAAGCGGCCUUCGGUUUCGGCUCCUCUGCCAAGCAGCAGCAGCAGGACGACGACCUCGGUUUCGACCCCUUCGACGUCACGCGGAAGGCCCUGGCCGACCUCAUAGAGAAAGAGCUGUCGGUCCAGGAGCCCUCCCCCUACUCAUCCUAUCAGAACGCCCUCCCCAAUGGUCAACAACGCCCUCCUCACCUACAGCACAGAGGCCUCUAUAACUCCUUCAGCCUGCCCCAACACUCAACCACACACCAUCCCUGGAUGGGCCUGCCGAUCCGAAAUAAUCUCACACACUUGAACCACACAUCCACAGCGGCCGCCGCACACAGCCACUUCUUAGACCUGAGCAUGCCGGCCCAGCACCACAGCACCGGUCUUGGGGGGAUUCCUAUAUCAGAUAACAACGGCUCGGUGGAAAGCUUAAAUGUGAAGGAGUGGCAGGACGGACUGCGAGCACUCUUACCAAAUAUCAACAUCAACUUCGGAGGUCUCCCGAACUCUACCUCUUCCUCCUCAUCUUCCUCCACCUCCAGCGUGAAUCACAUCGGGGUGCCCAUUGGCUCGGCUGGAAUCUCGCACAGCCUCAGCUGGGACAGUACGGCCAGUUGGAUGGAUCCCGCCAUCAUCACAGGUAUCCCUGCAAACGCAGGCAACAAUAUGGACUGUCUUCAGGAUGACAAUCCGCCACACUGGCUCAAGUCCCUGCAGGCACUCACAGAGAUGGACGGACCGGCCAGCUCCAGCGCCCUGCCACAGCCCCCUCACACCAGCCUGCUGGACGCGGCGGCCAACCUCUCCUUACACAGAGCCGCGUGGGCCCCGUACCUCCCCCCUCCAUCGCUGAACCCCAGUCAGUUCCAUUCCCCACCCCCAGGCUUUCAGACAGCCUUCAGACCCCCAGCGCAGACCGCCACAGACAUCUUACAGAGCGCCGGCAUCGACCGUCAUUAAAGACGAACCCUUAACUGCAUCAAAACUGCGAACAUACCCCAUCCAUUAAUAACGUAACAUAAGCUCUUCUCUUUCUACCCUCAAUCCCCUUCCCAUCAGGAUUUCGUUAUUGUCUGUUUUUUGGACGCACAUAAAUAUGAAUAGCAUCAUCAAUGCGGGGUUAUUCCUGGGAGGUUCUCAGUGAGGGUGCUAACACACAUUCACAAAGUGUCCGAUUUGGAAAAGUGAAGAGAAUACCCGAGCUCUGAUGCGUAUGUGUGACAGCUACAAAGAAUGUGCUUAAACGAAUAUCACGUCAGUUUGGUCUCGGUUCAUCCAAGGUACCGUAAUUUAAUACUGUGAAUCUUUACACUUCCCGUAUGUCAGGUCCCAUUCCCACUGAAAGGAAAUGGAAAAGGAGAUUAGUUAAGGGCACACUCUAUGUAUCGCACUCGGAUUCUCACAUGCUUUUUGUUUUCUGGAGCGGAGCCACGAAUGAGAUAAAUGAGCGCAUGUUUAGGGUGGUGAGCCUCUUUGGAAGGAACGCCAUCAAUGAUGGCAAUAUCACACCUGGUGGAGCCUUUUUGAAUGGGGUGGGUUCAGAAUGUGGGUGCAAUGUCUGACGUGCCACUACGGGGUCCAUAUGAGUAACUUCAUUUCAAUGAAUAGGGGUGAGCAAGUCCACUGUGAAGGUCUUUUUUGGCUUGCUUAUAAAAUUGAUGUAAAACCUCAAACAAGGUUUGAAUAAGGAAGUCGGUAACCUUUGGAAGAAAAGAGACUGGAACAAAAAUGACGUGAGAUUGUGGGUAAUGUGUGUUGAAAGAGUUCAAACAGGCACAUGAUAACAUCUGGUUGUUCACGGGCCUUCAAAUUAUUUCUGCUCCCUUUUCUCAUCUGUGUGGCCAUAUUAAACAGUAUUUAUCCAAAUCACUCAUUCUUCCCAGAUAAAAAAUCAAUGUAGUCCAACAUUUGGGUUUAACAUGCUGCUGAGAUCAUUUAAUUCAAAAUAAAGAGCUAAAAGAGAACUGACCCCUUUUCUGCUGGUCUGGAACAACGGAAACUUAAAUAAAAUUGAGUAUUCAGUG